AUGGAAAAUAUUGAUCAACAAGACUUUUUCUCUCCUAAAGAAGAAAAUGACUCAUAGAAUAUAUAUUAAAGAUAUCCUAGCAUUCCCAAUAAAAAAGCAAUUGCCCAGAGAAAGGGCAUUAUCAAGAAGAAUACCUGGUUUAAUGUUCAAAAGAGCAAUUAGUAUAAUGAUCAGACUAUGGAAAAUAGAACAUUAAAAUCAGAAGUAGUCAAGAUAGAUGUUGGUGACAGUGAAGAGUAACUUACUUUAUAUGGAAAAGCGAAUUGUCCUAAAUGCAAGGUAGAAUUUGAGAAAACAGAAAGGAAUAAUUAAAUAAGUUGCAAGAAUUGCUAACAUGAAUUCUGCUGGAACUGUGGAUUGAAUGCUCAUCAUUUCAUACAUGCAGAGUGGAUGUGCUUUAUUAGAUGUAAACAAUCUCUCAAUAUCAAACCAAAUCUAAAGAGAUCAUGUGGCUACUACUUUCUAACUCUAAUCCUACUGCCAUUAAUACUAUUCUUUGCUUCAUUCAUUCUAUUUUGCGUAGGUGGAAUUAUGUUAACUCUACAUGGCUACCAUAAUUCGGUGAAGGCUUUGCGCGAAGAAUAGAAAAUGAUGAAAGUUUUUUACAUGAUUCUAUUGAUACCCUCUCUGAUAUUUACUUAUUUGGUUGCAGUUGUAACAGGAUUAUUAUUCUCACCUAUUUUUACUGCUAUUGGAUUAGUGCCUGCUUAGUUUCUUUACUUUUAUCUCUUUAUAAAGAUGGCACUAUGGCGCUCAAGGCUCAAAAUUUAUUAGAAUAGUAUGGAUCAGGCUAAUUAUUGA